CCAUUCACCAUCAAAGAUCCUUCUUUAAUUCUCAUCCUCGAUUCAUUCAAUGGCUUCCUUCAAGCACCCAACUCCCUUUAUCUCCGGCAAGGAUCGUUACCCUUCUGGCGAGGUCCAUGUUAUUGUUGGUCCCAUGUUUGCAGGAAAAACUUCUUCCCUUCUUCGCCGUAUCAAAUCCGAAGUUGACAAUGGCAGAAACGUGGCUAUGUUAAAAUCAAGCAAGGAUACAAGAUAUGCCAUUGACUCGGUUGUGACACAUGAUGGGAUUAGAUUUCCUUGUUGGGCAUUGCAAGAUCUGAUGUCAUUCCAAGAAAAAUAUGGUCAUGAUGCUUAUCGAAAGUUGGAUGUCAUUGGUAUAGAUGAAGCUCAAUUUUUUGAGGACCUAUAUGAGUUCUGCUGCAAGGCUGCUGAUGAAGAUGGUAAAAUUGUGAUUGUUGCUGGCCUGGAUGGUGAUUACUUGAGGAAAAGCUUUGGUUCUGUGCUUCACAUAAUACCGCUUGCUGAUACUGUAACCAAGUUGACAGCUCGAUGUGAAUUAUGCUGCAAGCGUGCUUUCUUCACUCUCAGGAAGACACAAGAGACACAAACUGAACUGAUUGCUGGUUCUGAUGUCUACAUGCCAGUGUGCCGAUAUCACUAUAUUAACAGUGAAGUUGUCACUGAAACUUCAAAGAAUGUGUUGGAAUCUGUCAAACGCAACAAUGAUUCACUUCUUGAUGUAGCCACAAGCUUUUAGUGUGGAGAUACAUAAAACUUGCCCCAAAAUGAUUUUUGGAGCAUAUUGUCUAUUGCUAUUAGUUAAUUCAACAAGUUAUCUUGGAAUUUUGGUUGUCAUAGGGUCUAUGUAGUUGUAUAUAGAUAUAAUUAUAAAUAUACUGGUAUUCAAUAGUGGUUUUUAA